AUGGAUAUAUACGAUGCUAAUUGUCAAUUAAGUUCAAGAUAUCGAAAUUUGAUGAAUACAAAUGUAGAUAAAAUGACUUGUAAUGAAUUUCUUAAAAUGAAUAAGUUUUAUAUAGAAAUCGUAACAAAAUUAGAAUUAGAGUUUCCAAUUGCAUUCAGUAUUCUUGUUUAUAAACAUUUGUAUCAAUUUCAAGUAUUGUUACGCACUAUCUAUCGUCGUAGUAACUUUUAUUGUAUCCACGUUGAUUUAGAUGCGAAUCCUCAAAUCUAUUCAUAUGCACGAAAAGCGAGUAAAUGUUUGAAAAAUGUACAUUUAGCACCAAAACGAAUUAGAGUUACAUGGGGGACCUAUUCAACGUUAGAAGCUGAACGAAUGUGUCAAAUUUUUUUAAUGAAAAAGUUUAAGACAUGGAAAUAUUAUAUGAAUGUAGCUGGUACUGAAUUACCUCUUCGUACCAACUAUGAACUUGUUAAAAUUUUAAAAUACAUGAAUGGUUCCAAUGAUGUACUCUCUCGUUUAAAUAUGAGUCCGGAACGUCAUACACGGCAAUCGUUUGAUCCUAUACCCGGUAAUUUGACAAUAAGCAAAGGUGAAUUUCAUACGACACUUUCCCGAGCAUUUGUUGAAUAUGUUUACAAAAGUCGACUAGCUAAUAAGUUUUUGGAAUGGUUAUCAAAGACACCAUUUCCUGAUGAACAUUUUUAUUCUACGCUUAAUCGUUUACCAACAUUUCCUGGUCAUGCACGAGUCGAUUAUUGGCGUUCUCGAUUUGUUACCCGUUACAAAAUAUGGGUAAUGGAAGAAAAACGUUGUAAAUCACAAUUAUUUACAAAAAAAAUUUGUCAAUUAGGUUGGCAAGAUUUACCAUCAAUUAUUCGAAGUAAACGCUUAUUUGUAAAUAAAUUUAAUCAACAGCAUGAUUUCAUUGGUAUCGUCUGUAUGGAAAAAUGGUUACAUAAUAGAAUAAUGCAUCCAAAACAAAUUCAGCUUGAAAGAUACAAAGAUUAUCCACCAUUUCAAGAUGAAUCUGAAAUUGAUGAACCUCAAAUUGAAACUUGA